CAAGGUAAGUCCUGUGAUCGUAGCAUGCUUGUGGGCGACAUGGAAGACAGAGACUCGAAGAGAAAGAGGAAGAACCCUAGAUCGGUGCUAUGGCUUGCUCUCAUUCUCGCAAACCUUUCCUUGGGGUUUACCAUGGGUGACAAGUGCUCCUCCUGCAAUACGAUUGCGGACGAGAUUCAAAUUGGGAUUUCUAAUGAGAAACCUAGAAACCAUCUUGACAUGCGUCAUCGAUUGGAUUCUAAAGGUCAACGUGAAGGAAAACUAAUUGAUUACAGAGUGAGUGAACUAAGAGUUGUUGAACUUCUGGAUGGUCUUUGUGAGAAAAUGCAGGACUACACUUUGGAGAAGCUUGACACAGGUGAAGAGAUUUGGACCAAAGUAAAUGAUUGGGACAACUUUCCAAGUGGUAAAGAUAAGCAAGAGGCUCGUGCAUACUCAAAGUAUAUAUCUUUUUUUUGUGCAAGAUUUGUGAGGAAAGCCGCUGGCGUGCUAGUUUCCCCUCGAGGACUGUAUCCGAUGGUAAAGGUGGUGCUCCUGCUGUAUCUCUCUCCCCGUUGGUUGUUGGAGGAAACAGAAGAUGAGCUUGCUGAAUUGUUAAAAAAAGGUGAUUUUAAACCAGGGGAACUCAGGAAGCAGCUUUGCCAAAACCUUAGCAAGCAUUGUGUUACUGAUAGUGUUGACGAUGAUUUCGUGGAAGACGAAUUAUGACAAUCCAACAACUUCCUGUUUCUUUUGCCAACACUGAUUGUUGUUGAUUCAAAUGAACCGAUCAUAAACGAGCUUCAAUCGAGUCGAGUCAGUUUGUUCGCAAUAAUCCCACAUAAGCCCGAUUCUUCGCCGAACACUCGGUUUGUUUGCUACAACCUCUCCGAGUUCAUGUAGGAGCAAUGUUUGACAAGAUGUUAUAAUGGAGAUUCUAAAUUGCUUCUACUCCUGCAAAACUAUUUAAUGCCUUGAAUCAAUCUUGGAUUGUCAAGGGACUGAAUUGCAUAUACAAAAUUGUACCACAAGGCAUUAAUAAAAUAUGAAUGGGUUGGCUUAAAAA